AUGUCCCGACGAUCUAUCCGCCUACUCGGCUACACCACCGUCGCCACCGGUAUAGCCAGUUAUGGCAUCCACCGUGGACUCAGCCAUCUAGAAGAAAAAUACCCAGAACUUCCUCUCGCAGCAGGUAGCAAGGCCCUCAAUAAACCGCAGAAAAAUACCCAGCACUGCGCAUAUACCAACAGUUAUGCUGCACAAAUACCCCUACAAGCCCUAGAAGCACGCGUCCCAAGCUCAAAGACACCAACAAAAACAGAGCUCGAAUAUGCAUGGGCUAGAUCCGUCCUCGGAAGCAAGAUAUUACGAGCUGAGGGCUCUAUCAUCGGACUACUCACCAGUUUCCGCCUCACACCCGGCGAUACAGGCAACUCAGCAGAAGGAUUCUCGCCUGACGAAACCACCGGCGCGCCACGUCUUCUACUCAACGGUUUGAUGCAAGUGCAGCGACUACCCGCUGCUGACGAAGAUAGUAAUGGACUGCUGGUCUCUGCUGAAAUGCCCGACGGACCGCGCGAGUUCUUUGAGAAGAUUGCGCGGUGGGGAUAUCCUUGGCGUCUGAUGUCAUCUCUGCGACAUGAGAUGAGUGUUUCGGAGCCGUUCCAGAUGAAGGGACAGGGGAUGUUUGUUGAGGUUCGGUUUACAAGUGCGCAUGAUUAUGAGGUUGUGGAUGAAGAGGGUGAGAACCAGAAGACUAUCCCUGAUUGGACUUUGAGAGUGCAUCGUGGGUUUGCUAGGUUUAUUCUUGAUUGCACUGUUCGAGAGUUGCAGCGGGAUGUUGGGAAAUAA